AUGGUGUGCCUCAGCACCCUGGGCACGGUGAACGCCGGACCAGGUUGGGACCCCGCCCAGUCGCUCUCUAGCACGCUCCUCUCCAUACAGGAGCUGUUGGGUCAGCGCCCGCUUUACGAGUUCGUACGGGAAGCGAGGGUAGGCGACGCCGCGAACUACGACAUCUUCAUCCAGCACGAGACGAUCCGGGUGGCCGUGUGCGACCAAGUCGACGCGGCUCUCAGGGAGGAUGCCCAGUGCCCGCCGACCUUUCGGAAGGUCAUACUCGCGUCGUUCCUCGAGUUAUACGGAAAGUACGAGAGCGCUGUCAAGGCGCGGCUUCAUCAGACGGGCCGGCAAUUAUGGGACCCGCUCGGUUACAAGUACACGAGCGCGCAGUACGAAACGCUGCUGAUGCGACUGCGGAGCCUCAAGGACAAGGUGAAGGAGAAGCAGGAGGCCGAAACUGCUGCGGCUGCCUGUGUUGCAUCAGCAGCGGUCGUUUACCAGUAG